GAAAGUUUUAAUGCGAAUUUAUUCUGCAAAAUCUUCUUGAAACUGGUGAAAAAUACAUUAAAAGUGUUGCUUAGGUGGUAAACUUCAAAUUUAUCAACCAUGUCCAUUCCGCCAUAUAUGAUACCGCCCAACCAAUGGGCGGCGCAUAUGAUGGCCCAGCAGCAAGUGUACGCCGUGCAGCACGCACAAGCACAGGCUCAAGCACAGCAGCAGCAACAACAACAGCAAGCGGCCCAUCUACAUGCCCAGCAGAUGGCAGCGACCCAGAUGCAACUUCCGCCGAUGGGACACAUUCCGCCUGGUCCCCCUAAGCCUGUGGAUGUGGUGCUGACGGAGGAAAAGCUGCAGGAGAAAGCUCAAAAAUGGCAGCAGUUACAGACGAAACGGUUUGCCGAAAAGCGUAAGUUUGGGUUCGUGGACGCGCAGAAGGAGGACAUGCCACCCGAGCACAUCCGGAAGAUCAUCCGUGAUCACGGUGACAUGACGAGUCGCAAGUACCGGCACGAUAAGCGCGUGUACCUGGGAGCGCUAAAGUACAUGCCACACGCAGUGAUGAAGCUGCUGGAAAACAUGCCCAUGCCUUGGGAGCAGAUCCGUGACGUGCCGGUCCUGUAUCACAUCACCGGUGCGAUUACUUUUGUAAACGAGAUCCCGUGGGUCAUCGAGCCGCUCUACAUUGCCCAGUGGGGCACGAUGUGGAUCAUGAUGCGUCGUGAAAAGCGCGAUCGUCGGCACUUCAAGCGGAUGCGCUUUCCGCCCUUCGACGACGAGGAACCUCCGCUCGAUUACGCGGAUAACGUGCUCGACGUGGAACCGCUCGAAGCCAUCCAGAUCGAUCUGGACUCGGAGGAGGAUGGCAGCGUGCACGAUUGGUUCUACGAGCACCGUCCGCUGAUCGGUACGCCGCACGUGAACGGCUCCACCUACCGCAAGUGGAACCUCACCCUGCCCCAGAUGGCCACACUGUACCGGUUGGGUAAUCAGCUGCUUACCGAUUUGGUGGAUGAUAACUUCUUCUACCUGUUCGAUCCGAAGAGUUUCUUUACGGCGAAAGCCCUCAACAUGGCCAUUCCCGGAGGGCCUAAGUUUGAACCGUUGAUUAAGGAUCACAACGUUGGUGAUGAGGAUUGGAACGAAUUCAACGAUAUCAACAAAAUCAUCAUCCGGCAGCCCAUCCGUACGGAGUAUCGUAUUGCAUUCCCCUAUCUGUACAACAAUAUGCCACACUUCGUACAUCUAUCAUGGUACCACACACCGAACGUGGUCUUUAUCAAAACGGAAGAUCCGGAUCUGCCGGCCUUCUACUUCGAUCCGCUGAUCAACCCAAUCGCUCAUCGGCAUGCGGUCAAGGCGGUCGAAAUUCUAGUGGACGACGAUGAAGAGUUCAUCCUUUCGGAGGAGGUCCAGCCGUUCCUGCAAGAUACUCCCCUGUACACGGACAACACGGCCAACGGGAUCUCACUGCUAUGGGCACCGCGUCCCUUCAAUAUGCGCUCUGGUCGAUGCCGUCGUGCGAUCGAUAUUCCGCUGGUUAAGACCUGGUACAAGGAGCACUGCCCACCCGGUCACCCGGUGAAGGUACGCGUCAGCUAUCAGAAGCUGCUGAAAUACUACGUGCUGAACGCGCUAAAGCACCGCAAACCGAAACCGCAGAAGAAGCGCUAUCUGUUCCGCUCGUUCAAGGCGACCAAGUUCUUCCAAACCACCACGCUCGAUUGGGUCGAGGCUGGGCUGCAGGUUUGCCGCCAGGGGUAUAACAUGCUGAACCUUUUGAUUCACCGUAAGAACUUGAACUACCUCCAUCUGGAUUAUAACUUCAACUUGAAGCCAGUGAAAACGCUCACCACAAAGGAGCGUAAGAAGUCGCGUUUCGGUAACGCGUUCCAUUUGUGCCGCGAAAUCCUGCGUCUGACGAAGCUGAUUAUCGAUUCGCACGUGCAGUACCGGCUGAACAACGUCGAUGCGUUCCAGUUGGCCGACGGGCUGCAGUACAUCUUUGCCCACGUCGGUCAGCUAACCGGCAUGUAUCGGUACAAGUACAAGCUGAUGCGACAGAUUCGAAUGUGCAAGGAUUUAAAGCAUUUGAUUUACUAUCGAUUCAAUACGGGACCGGUAGGAAAAGGCCCCGGAUGUGGUUUCUGGGCUCCGGGAUGGCGCGUGUGGUUGUUCUUCAUGCGUGGUAUCACGCCGCUGUUGGAGCGUUGGUUGGGCAAUUUGCUGUCCCGUCAGUUCGAGGGUCGCCAUUCGAAGGGCGUCGCAAAGACGGUCACGAAGCAGCGCGUCGAAUCGCACUUCGAUCUGGAGCUGCGCGCGUCGGUAAUGCACGACAUCGUGGACAUGAUGCCAGAGGGCAUCAAGCAGAACAAGGCCCGUACCAUCCUGCAGCAUUUGUCCGAGGCGUGGCGCUGCUGGAAGGCGAACAUUCCGUGGAAGGUGCCCGGGCUGCCGAUUCCGAUCGAAAACAUGAUUCUACGCUACGUGAAGAUGAAGGCGGACUGGUGGACCAACACGGCGCACUACAACCGGGAGCGUAUCCGUCGCGGUGCCACCGUUGAUAAGACGGUGUGCAAGAAGAAUCUGGGACGCCUGACUCGACUCUACCUGAAGGCGGAACAGGAGCGCCAGCACAACUACCUGAAGGAUGGGCCGUACAUUUCGCCCGAGGAAGCGGUCGCCAUCUACACGACCACCGUGCACUGGCUGGAGUCGCGCCGUUUCGCACCGAUUCCUUUCCCACCGUUGUCGUACAAGCACGACACGAAGCUGCUCAUUCUGGCGCUGGAACGUCUCAAAGAGGCGUACAGUGUAAAGUCGCGCCUGAACCAGAGCCAGCGCGAGGAGCUUGGACUGAUCGAGCAGGCGUACGACAAUCCGCACGAGGCUCUGUCGAGAAUUAAGCGUCACUUGCUGACGCAGCGAGCAUUCAAGGAGACCGGCAUUGAAUUUAUGGAUCUUUACAGCCAUCUCAUUCCGGUGUAUGACGUGGAACCGCUGGAAAAGAUUACCGAUGCCUACCUCGAUCAGUAUCUUUGGUACGAGGCUGACAAGCGUCGCCUGUUCCCGCCAUGGAUCAAACCAAGCGACACGGAACCGCCACCAUUGCUCGUGUAUAAAUGGUGCCAAGGUAUUAACAACCUGCAGGAUGUGUGGGACGUGUCGGAGGGUGAGUGUAACGUCCUACUCGAGUCAAAGUUCGAAAAGCUGUACGAAAAGAUCGAUUUGACCUUGCUGAACCGUCUGCUCCGGUUGAUCGUUGACCACAACAUCGCCGAUUACAUGACGGCCAAGAACAACGUGGUCAUCAACUACAAGGACAUGAACCACACGAACAGCUACGGCAUCAUCCGCGGUCUCCAGUUUGCCUCGUUUGUCGCGCAGUACUACGGGCUGGUGUUGGAUCUGCUGGUGCUCGGUUUGCAGCGCGCCAGCGAGAUGGCCGGUCCGCCGCAGAUGCCCAACGACUUCCUCACCUUCCAGGACGUGGCGACGGAGUCGUGCCACCCGAUUCGACUGUACUGCCGCUAUGUCGAUCGUAUACACAUUUUCUUCCGCUUCACGGCGGAGGAAGCGCGCGAUUUGAUCCAGCGCUACCUGACGGAGCAUCCGGAUCCGAACAACGAGAACAUUGUCGGUUACAACAACAAAAAGUGUUGGCCGCGUGACGCCCGGAUGCGUCUGAUGAAGCACGAUGUGAAUCUUGGUCGGGCCGUGUUUUGGGACAUCAAGAACCGGUUGCCGCGAUCGGUGACGACGGUGCAGUGGGACAACACGUUCGUGUCCGUCUACUCGAAGGACAACCCGAACCUACUGUUCAACAUGUGCGGCUUCGAGUGUCGCAUCCUGCCCAAGUGUCGCACGCAGAACGAAGAGUUUACGCACCGGGAUGGCGUGUGGAACCUGCAGAACGAGGUCACCAAGGAACGCACGGCCCAAUGUUUCCUGCGCGUGGACGAUGAGUCGCUCAGCCGCUUCCACAACCGCGUCCGACAGAUCCUGAUGGCAUCCGGAUCGACCACGUUCACGAAGAUCGUCAACAAGUGGAACACGGCACUGAUCGGGUUGAUGACGUACUUCCGCGAGGCGGUCGUUAACACGCAGGAACUGCUCGAUCUGCUGGUCAAGUGCGAGAACAAGAUUCAGACGCGUAUCAAGAUCGGACUGAACUCGAAAAUGCCCUCCCGUUUCCCGCCGGUCGUGUUCUACACGCCGAAGGAGUUGGGUGGCCUGGGCAUGCUGAGUAUGGGCCACGUACUGAUUCCCCAGUCGGAUCUGCGCUGGUCGAAGCAGACGGACGUCGGCAUUACACACUUCCGGUCCGGCAUGUCGCACGACGAGGAUCAGCUGAUUCCGAACUUGUACCGCUACAUUCAGCCGUGGGAGAGCGAGUUUAUCGAUUCGCAGCGUGUAUGGGCAGAGUAUGCCCUCAAGCGGCAAGAAGCGAACGCGCAGAACCGCCGUCUGACGCUGGAGGAUCUGGAGGACAGCUGGGAUCGUGGUAUUCCGCGUAUCAACACGCUCUUCCAGAAGGAUCGGCACACGCUGGCGUACGACAAGGGAUGGCGAAUCCGGACGGAGUUCAAGCAGUACCAGGUGUUGAAACAGAAUCCGUUCUGGUGGACCCAUCAGCGGCACGACGGUAAGCUGUGGAACCUGAACAACUACCGCACGGACAUGAUUCAGGCGCUCGGUGGUGUGGAGGGCAUCCUGGAGCACACCCUGUUCAAGGGCACCUACUUCCCCACCUGGGAGGGUUUGUUCUGGGAGAAGGCGUCCGGGUUCGAGGAGUCGAUGAAGUACAAGAAGCUCACCAACGCCCAGCGGUCCGGUUUAAACCAGAUCCCGAACCGUCGCUUCACGCUCUGGUGGUCACCGACGAUCAACCGUGCGAACGUGUACGUCGGUUUCCAGGUGCAGCUCGAUCUGACCGGUAUCUUCAUGCACGGCAAAAUUCCGACGCUCAAGAUUUCGCUCAUUCAGAUCUUCCGUGCCCAUUUGUGGCAGAAGAUCCACGAGUCGAUCGUGAUGGAUCUGUGCCAGGUGUUCGAUCAGGAGCUGGAUGCGCUGGAAAUCGAGACGGUGCAGAAGGAAACUAUCCAUCCGCGCAAGUCGUACAAGAUGAACUCGUCGUGCGCGGACAUUCUACUGUUCCCGGCGUACAAGUGGAACGUGUCGCGACCGUCGCUGCUGGCCGACACCAAGGACACGAUGGACAACACGACGACGCAAAAGUUUUGGGUCGACGUGCAGCUGCGCUGGGGUGAUUACGAUUCGCACGACAUCGAGCGUUACGCGCGCGCCAAGUUCCUCGACUACACGACGGACAACAUGUCGAUCUAUCCGUCGCCGACCGGUGUGCUUAUCGCGAUCGAUCUGGCGUACAAUCUGCACAGCGCCUACGGCAACUGGUUCCCGGGCUGCAAGCCGCUGAUCCAGCAAGCGAUGGCCAAGAUUAUGAAGGCCAACCCGGCGUUGUAUGUGUUGCGCGAGCGCAUCCGAAAGGCGCUGCAGUUGUACAGCUCGGAACCGACCGAGCCGUACCUGAGCUCGCAGAACUACGGUGAGUUGUUCUCGAACCAGAUCAUCUGGUUUGUGGACGACACGAACGUGUACCGCGUGACGAUCCACAAGACGUUCGAGGGAAAUCUGACGACGAAGCCGAUCAACGGGGCGAUCUUCAUCUUUAACCCGCGCACCGGCCAACUGUUCCUGAAGAUCAUCCACACGUCCGUGUGGGCGGGCCAGAAGCGUCUCGGUCAGCUGGCCAAGUGGAAGACGGCCGAGGAGGUGGCGGCCCUCAUUCGUUCGCUGCCGGUCGAGGAGCAGCCGAAGCAGAUCAUCGUGACGCGCAAGGGUAUGUUGGAUCCGCUCGAGGUGCAUCUGCUCGAUUUCCCGAACAUCGUCAUCAAGGGCUCGGAGCUGCAGCUGCCGUUCCAAGCCUGCCUGAAGGUGGAAAAGUUUGGCGAUCUGAUCCUGAAGGCGACCGAACCGCAGAUGGUACUGUUCAACCUGUACGACGAUUGGCUGAAGACGAUCUCGUCCUACACGGCGUUUUCGCGUCUGAUCCUCAUCCUGCGCGCCCUGCACGUCAACACGGAGCGCACCAAGGUGAUCCUCAAGCCGGACAAGACGACAAUCACCGAGGCGCACCACAUUUGGCCGACGCUGUCCGACGAAGAGUGGAUCAAGGUGGAGGUUCAGCUGAAGGACCUCAUUCUGGCCGACUAUGGCAAGAAGAACAACGUGAAUGUGGCGUCGCUGACGCAGUCGGAAAUUCGUGACAUCAUCCUCGGUAUGGAAAUUUCCGCCCCCUCCGCCCAGCGCCAACAGAUUGCGGAGAUCGAGAAGCAAACGAAGGAACAGUCGCAGCUGACGGCCACGACGACGCGCACGACGAACAAGCACGGUGACGAGAUCAUCACCUCGACCACGAGCAACUACGAGACGACCACGUUCAGCUCGAAGACCGAGUGGCGCGUGCGAGCGAUCUCGGCGACCAACUUGCACCUGCGUACGAACCACAUCUACGUCAGCUCGGACGACAUCAAGGAGACGGGCUACACGUACAUCCUGCCGAAGAAUGUGCUGAAGAAGUUCGUCACCAUCUCGGAUCUGCGGGCGCAAAUAGCGGGCUACCUGUACGGCGUCAGCCCACCGGACAACCCGCAGGUGAAGGAAAUCCGCUGCAUCGUGAUGCCUCCACAGUGGGGCACCCACCAGCAGAUCAACCUACCGAACACACUUCCCGCCCAUCAGUAUCUGAAAGACAUGGAACCGCUCGGAUGGAUCCACACGCAACCUAAUGAACUGCCGCAGCUUUCCCCGCAGGACAUUACGACGCACGCCCGCAUCAUGUCGGAGAACCCCGCCUGGGACGGGGAGAAGACGAUCGUCAUCACCUGCUCCUUCACGCCCGGCUCGUGUUCGCUCACGGCCUACAAACUGACCCCGUCCGGGUACGAGUGGGGUCACAAGAACACGGACAAGGGCAACAACCCGAAGGGAUACCUGCCGUCGCACUACGAGCGCGUCCAGAUGCUGCUGUCGAACAAGUUCCUCGGUUUCUUCAUGGUACCGGCGCAGGGCAGCUGGAACUACAACUUCAUGGGCGUGCGGCACGAUCCGAACAUGAAGUACGAGCUGCAGCUGGCCAACCCGAAGGAGUUCUACCACGAGAUUCAUCGUCCGUCCCAUUUCCUGCUGUUUUCGAGCCUGGAGGAGGCGGGCGAUGGCAAUGGGGCCGAUCGGGAGGAUAUGUUCGGUUAAUGGAGGAGCUAACUUACAUGUAACGAAAAGGAUGGCAUUUUUUGUUUUCGAUGGUAACACACUGAUGUUUUAGUAACAAUAAGGAAUGGACGAAGGGACGAAGACGUAAAUAUAUUAAGUCCUUUUUCUCUCUGUACGGAGAUGGUAGAUGAUUUCCGUUAUCUUUUAUGUAUUUUAAUUGCUGUACUGUA